UGCUGCUUCAGAUACUAGCGCUACAAUACAGUGGACGUCAAGUAUACAUUUAAGUGUGGUCAGAGAAGAGCACCUGUUUGGAGCUUUUGGGAUUUUUGUAAACAUUUUUGUUGUUGUUGUUGUUACCUUGCAAUUGUUACUGUAUGUGAUGCAUUCACUUGCACAGGAAAUACAGUCUUUUUCAAAGAACGCUCUGAGGAAGCAAUGCACCAGGGUAACCACUUUAACUGGAAAGAGAAUUAUAGAAACGUGGAAAGAUUCCAAAGUCCAGGCUGUGGAAGAAGCAGCGCAGCCCGAGGGAGCUUGUGGAUAUGUCCAGGAUCUCAGCUUGGACCUGCAAAUUGGAGUUAUAAAGCCCUGGCUACUAAUUGCCUCACAAGACGUUGCUCAGGAUUUUGAGACUUUGAAAAAAUUUAAGGUUUCACAUGUACUAAAUGUUGCAUUUGGAGUUGAAAACACAUUUCCAGAGCAGUUUGUUUAUAAAGCGAUUUCUAUAUUGGAUCUUCCGGACACUGAUAUAACAUCAUUUUUUCUAGACUGCUUCAGGUUUAUAGAGAAAGCCAAGGCACAGAAUGGAGUUGUGCUUGUUCAUUGCAAUGCUGGAGUAUCCCGCUCUGCCUCAAUAGUCAUCGGAUACCUGAUGUCCACUGAAUACCUGCAUUUUGAUGAUGCUUUUUCAUUAGUGAAGAAUGCCAGACCUGCUAUUUGUCCAAAUCCAGGCUUUAUGGAGCAGUUAAGGAAAUACAAACCAUGCGAUGGAAGUCAGUUCAAUGGAAAUGUAGAUCCCUGAAAUAGUGUACAAGGACUCAGGGUUACAUGGUAUAAUACAUACAACACAGUUUACAACAUAAAUCUUUAUUUAUAAGUAUUCAUUUAGGCUGCCUCUGCUGAUGGUGCUUUUUAUUUUUCCAGCAGUUAUAUUUUAAUCUGUGAUCUAGAAUUAUAUUAAUAUAAUUAUCUCAAGUGUAGCGUUUAUUAAAUUACUAGACAUACCGUUUAACCUCACAAUACAGUUUGUCUCGAAAAGCUAAUGAACAAUCAGAGAAGGUAUACAGAAAAUGUAACCUUUCUAUUUUAUAAAGUGGUUUUCCAAUUUAUAUAUUUCACUCACCAGUCUACUACAGUGCAUGCUUUUUGAUUACCGCUGUUCUGUAUUAUGUCAAGCUAUUUAAAAUACUUGAUUUCAGUGACGAGGCAUAGUUACUGGAACAUUUUAUAUUGAGUGUAUAAUGCUCACCUGUACACAUUUCUGUAGAUCCGUUGUCUUGGUAUGGAUUAUACUUACCUGAUCAUGGUAUUAUUUGUGAUUCUCUUUGCUUAAAACUCCCAUGGCCCAAUUUUCAAGCAAGUGCAAUGGCAUGGACAGGAAUAAAACACUUUAAAAAAUAUACAACUAGUAAGAAACUACUAAUAACAAUAAUUGGCUGGCCUUUGUCUACUAAGUAGUUUUUUGCAAGUAUAAUAUCAUUUUUUUAUUCCUUUCUGAAAAUGUCCCUUUGUCUUUGCACUUUUCUCAAAAUAGAAGAAUGUAAGCAUAUUCUUACUUCAGUAAUACAAUUACUCAACAAUACUUGUGAUUCUAGCUUAAAGCUAGUAGCAUUGGUGUUGACAAGGACAAGAUGAGCAAAAAGAAAACAAGGACAGGAUAAGCCUUUGCUUUUUCUUUAUAAGUGGUACAUUAAUCAUGCAAGCUUACAUUUUGAAUAGCAUUCAAGUCCCUAAAGUAAAGUGCAGGCUCUGAUUUGCCCUAAUCUCAGACUAUCUUACGUAACGUUAGGUAUUGGGGUCUGUGAAACCAGACAAAUAUGUAUUUAAUUUUUUUUGUUUUUGUUUAAGUCUUAAAAGAAAAGUGUCUCAUAAGGUGCAGAUCAGGAAUAUUUGAAGUUUCCCAGCUAGUACUGGUGCAGUGCUGCAUAUUCUCAUAAACACGCAGCUGUGUGCAGAAAAUGUGAAAUUGCUUUUGUUGUAAUAUACAUUACCGCAAUUAAAUAUUACCACAAAAUGGAAGAUAUUAUUAAAGCACUUUACUCCAGUUUUUAAUUAACUGAUAACCUAGAACCAAACAUCUUAAGUACUGGUAUAAAUGGCAUUUUAAUCCUUCUAAAGAUUUCUGCUUCUGUUUUGUAAAUAUUGAAAUAUAUUGUAUACAGUCAGUACUCGGUUAUCCGUUACCCAGAUACACGUCAGUCGCGUUUUACCGCCCUUGUAUUAAGAAUAAAAUCAAUCCCCAUUAUAUAUAUAUAUAUAUAUAUAUAUAUAUAUGUAACAAAUGAAUGCACUUAGCCGUCACACGUGAUUUCUGACUCCGUCACCAGUUUUCUGAUACAAAGCCCAUCUCUUCAAUGUUACAAUUUAUCUGAAUAUCCGUCAAAGCCCACAUUUUAAA